GAACGCCCUUUCUCGAGAAGAAUCUGGGCUGAGGUUUUCGAGUUUAUCCAUCAUGGUUCUUGAGGAGCAGCGAUUCAUCCAUGAGGAUCUGGAGAGGUUGGAGCAGGCCAUCGCGGACCGUGUUGCCGAAGAGCCUCGUAACAUCCGAGAACGAUUGUCUCGCGACCAUGAGAUCUCCCAUUUGCUUAAUCGUAUAGAGGAACAGUCAAAGAGAUUGCUCGAAAUCUACAAAGAUGCGGACGGCGCACGCGACCAUGAAAUUCAGGCCAUUUCGACUGGCGAACAGUUCGAAGAAUUUUACAGGCAACUAGACGAGAUCAAAGACUUCCACAAGCGUUAUCCCAAUGAGCCAGUGGAAAACCUUGAGCGAGCUUACAAGCGCCGCCAACCCGGAGAAGGCGAACCAACAGGGAUGGAAAUCGACACAAUGUUUACUGGUGAAGAAGGAUAUGGGCAGUUCCUUGACCUUACAAGAUUACAUGAAGAGUACCUGAACCUGCCCGGUAUCAAGAGGCUAUCAUAUAUACAAUACCUCGAUGUGUUUGAUGCUUUUACAUUUCCGCAGUUGCCCAUAAAACGAAACAGCAAGCUUUCCGAGAAAUACUUCAAGUAUGUCGGGGAGCUUGCGACUUACCUCGAAGAGUUUAUUAAGAAAGUCCGCCCUCUCCAGGAUCUCACCAAACUAUUUGCCAGUUUUGAUAACGAAUUCGAAAAGCAAUGGGAAGAAAACCAGGUUCCCGGAUGGCUGGAAGAGACCACCGAGAACGGCACCCUAGGCCCGAAAACUGAGGGAUCUGGGGAGGGCAUCUGGUGCGCCGAUUGCGAGAAGGAGUUCAAGAACGAAAAUGUCUAUAAAAAUCACCUGAACGGCAAAAAGCACAUUCGAGCUGCUGAAGCCCGUAAGGCUGCUGGUGACACAUCGGACCGACCAGCACCUGCCACAACUAACGGAACCCACCGCCUGAAAGAAAGAGCAGUAGCAGAACGUGAGCACCGAAUCCGUUCGCUAGCAAGGGCCCUUGAUCCUGAGCGUCAAGCUACAAGGGUGAACGUUGAGCGCAAGCAGGGUAUGACAGAGCGGGAACGUCAAAUGGAGCUUGAAGCAAUGCUCGCAGAGUCCGAGAAUUUCGGAGGUGAUCGCGGAAAUGACAUGUCUGAUGACGAGGGCGAAGAGCGAAUCUACAAUCCUCUCAAACUACCCCUUGCGUGGGAUGGGAAGCCCAUUCCUUACUGGCUCUACAAGCUGCAUGGUUUGGGUGUUGAGUAUCCUUGCGAGAUUUGUGGUAAUUUUGUGUAUAUGGGCCGCCGUGCGUUCGAUAAACAUUUUUCUGAAGCUUUACAUAUCUUCGGUUUGAAGUGCCUGGGCGUCACCUCAAAUACCAACCUCUUCCGGGAGAUCACUCGGAUAGAGGAGGCGACGAAAUUAUGGGAGAAAUUGGAGAAGGAUCGCAAGAAGGAGAGAGAUCUGCGUGACAACGUCGUACAGAUGGAAGACGCUGAAGGCAAUGUUAUGCCAGAAAGGAUCUAUCUGGAUCUCCAAAAGCAAGGCAUCCUAUAAUAAAGGAGACGCCAUUUCAUCCGCCGAUAGAUUUUUACCAAAUGCGUUUCUGCAUGUUUCAAUUGAAAUUUUGGAGUUGGCAGGUGAUUUUUUCUUCUUCUUAGUUUAUACCACCGGUUUGUCAAGUAAUUGACUGGGAAUUGAGAAACGAGCGUAUCGAUCCGAAGACUGUGUCUCAUGUAUUCUACCUAAGAACCAUUAUACGAAAACCAAAAUAGAUCAUUCCGCAGAAUAUCCCAUAUUGUUG